CUUCACAUCACACAGCAAAAAUGGCUUCUCCAUCAUCAAUGGCUUCUCUCGCCUCACAAAUCUGCAAUCAAAUAGUCAAUAUCUUCUCCAAACCCACGGACCCCCAACACCCGCCAGUGUUGGAUCUCUUGGUGGAGGAAAUCUCCUCUGCAGUGGCCAGAAAAGGCCGGGUCUUCCUCUACGGAGUGGGCCGGGAGGGCCUAAUGCUGAAGGCCCUGUGCAUGCGCCUCUGCCACCUGGGAGCCCAGGCCCACUUCGUCUUGGACAUGACCACGCCUCCGAUAACGGGCCGGGACCUCCUCAUCGCCUCCGCCGGCCCAGGCGGAUUCUCCACCGUCGAUGCGCUGUGCGCGCUCGCGAUAUCGCACGGCGCGAGGGUACUGCUGCUGACGGCGCAGCCGGAGACGGGUUCCUGCGUGAGGCACGCGAGCGUGGUCGGUCACGUGCCGGCGCAGACCAUGGCGGACGACGGCGGAGAGGCGGCGGCGGAGGAAAAAUCUCGGCCGGUGCUUCCGAUGGGGAGUGCUUACGAGGGAGCUUUGUUUGUGCUGUUUGAGAUGGCUGUGUUUCGGUUGGGUGAGGAAUUGGGGCAGAGCCCCGACCUCAUUCGAAGUCGCCAUACCAAUCUGGAGUGAGCUUCCGAUUCUACUGCGAACUCCUGAUCUCCACUUGUCGUCUUUCCUUCUUUAAUUUCUCUCUCGUUUUUUUUUUUUAAUAUUCGGAGAAAAGUUGUUUUU